AGGGGCAAGGAGGCAGAGGGGAAAACGAACCUUAAUUUGAGGGGCGGGGUUUAUCAGCUGUUAUAUACACUGCUCAGCUGCAGACGGUCACAGAGCUGUCAUCAUCUUUCAACUUGCAAGACUUCACAAUAAUACGCAUAUCUACUGAAAAGAUAUCUGUCAUGGAACUCACUAUAACACUUUUGAAUGGGGAGUCACGUCCCCUGAUGGUUCAGCCACACACCACUCUGGGGUCCCUCAAGAGUCUGAUCAAGCAACACUUUGGAGUGGCCAUGGAAAGGCAGAGGCUGUCAGGUGUCAAUGGGAACAACAUCAGUCUCAGCGAUGAUUCAAAAACUUUGAGUGACUAUGGCCUGCAUUCAGGAUCCAAACUGAUGUUGCUGAUUACAGAACCCACUCAUAUCCAGGUGUUCCUGAAAAACGACAAGGGCCAGACUCACACAUAUGAGCUGGUGUCAGGUGAGACUGUAACCCAGUUCAAAGCCAAGGUCGAAAACAAGGAGGGAGUCCCAGCCAACCAACAGAGGCUGAUUCACCAGGGCAAGCAGCUCGAUGACGACAAGAAACUGGAAGACUAUGGUGUCAGAAAUCUAAGCACUAUUCACCUGACGCUCCGUCUAAGGGGAGGCUGAAGACACCCAGUAUCGACCUGAAACCACCAGUUUUUUUAAUAAUCAUUCCAUGUCUAUAGAGAAAAAGCUAGUCCAGAAAUGAUCAUUGUUGUAUAACAUUUUUAUUCAAUUGUAAAUUUUAAAUUAAGCAUUGCUGAUAUAGGCUUACUGUAUGUUAAAAUAAUGUAAAUUAGAUUGUAAUCAAGUAAUAAACAAGUAUAAAACUCAA